UACAUGUGUAAUAUGUAUGAUCUUCGAAUAAAACCUUCUUCCAUGUAUCUCCACUCCGCCGCCGUUAAUGUGCGACCUCAACCGUCCCCCCAUCUUGAUUCCGUUCUGUCACCUUAAACGUUUUCAAUCUUCUAGGUGCCGUUGAUUGAGUCUACUUCUUUUCCUUCUUUCUUCAUUCUUUCUUUAUUUGCUAAUUCUUCAAACCCUUUCACCUAUCUGCAUCGGAUCAUCUUCCUCUGAAACAGUAAUUCAAGGCAUAUCAAUGCUCUCUCAUUCAAUUCAAGGCCGACUACUUUUUUCUUUAAUUGGUGCAAGAUGACCAAUCAUGAAAGAAAGAGAGCGAUAGAGGACAUGGAGCUUUUACAAGCAAAGCAUGAGAUUGAGAAUGCACCAAUCGAUGACAAAGACCCUCUCCUCUACGCUCCUCUGUAUCCCAAUGUUUCCAUCUUCAAAAAUUGAUAUUGAAAUCCUCAAGAGCUAUGUUUGCAAAGAAGGAGAUAAACCAAUAAUGCAUAGUCCAAUACUUAGAGGGAUUUAUGUAUCUGAAGGCUGGUUUAUGAAAAUCAUUGAAUCCAACAACAACAAAUUUGUCACAAAGGACAACGACCUAGAAUCCUGGAAUGGAAUCCUAGAAUGGCACGAGGAAAUGGAAUCCUAGAAUGGCACCUUAUAGUCCUUCGAGAAGAUCAUCAUCAUCAUCAUCUGUUUCCAAGAUACUGCGUAUCUCCACCUUCGACCACUCCUACCGGCGCUGGUUAUAUCGAACACGAGGUCUCCAAGCUUGAUACUCUCGCUGGCAUUGCCAUCAAAUACGGCGUUGAGGUUGCAGAUAUUACGAAGCCGAAUGGGCUUGUGUCUGAUCUUCAGAUGUUUGCUCUCAAGUCUCUCCGGAUACCAUUACCUGGCAGACAUCCUCCUUCCCCAUGCUUAUCUAACGGCUCUCUUAAUCUUGGAGAGGGGUGUUCGGAGCAAGCUUUAUCGUCAGCAAGCAAUGGCAACAACCAAGACGUAUUAUUUGACUCCUUCCAGUCUUUGAGUUUGAAGCCUUCAGAAAAGAAGGUGUCUCCAGCCAUGAACUCCUUGCAAGGAUACUAUGGAUUGAAACCAAAAAACAGAAGAGCUUCUGAAGGUUUUGAUAUGGCUGUGUACAAAGAGUCUUCUCAUCUCCAAGACGAUGAUCAGUACCUAUCAUGAUAGUCAAACUGUAAGGUAAAAAGAAACUGUAAGGUAAAAAAAAAAAAAAAGAAUAAUAGAAUAGUACUAGCAAACUUCAUUUUAUUUGGCGAUGCUUCCAUCUUCCAUAGGCUGCUCUCUUCCAUAUUUUGAAGGUUUUUGAUUUAUUAUUUAUAACCCUUCAAUGACAUUUCAACACUUGACGUACCAUAUUAACUGGU